AUGAGAACCGCUCCCUUUUUGCCGCUUUUGGUCACUUUGGCCACGGCUUUGGUUGUUCCCAACUUGAAUAACUUCAACAUCGACGCUAUUUUCGGCUUGCCUGCUCAGCCCCAGAUUCCUAUCUCCAACGACAAAUCUCCAGGAAACCUGGGCGUAUCUGCUCCUAUGGUUAAAACCCACGAGCCUGUCCCAAACAGAUACAUUGUAGUGUUGAAGAGUGGCUAUUCCGCAGACGAAUAUGCUGCCCAUGAGGAUUGGGUAACCGCCCAACUCUCGAUGAUGGCAAAAAGAGAAGUGGACAAGAGAGGCUUCCUUGACGAUGUGGAGGACAUGAUUGGCGGUGCCUUGGACUUCUUCUCCAUCCAUGAGCUUGUUGGAUACUCGGGUUUCUUACCUCCUGCACUCUUGCAGUUGGUUAAGGAAAACCCAUUGGUGGAUUUUGUAGAGCAGGACUCGGUGAUGCAUAUCAACGAGUACGACGUCCAGGAAGAGGCCCCAUGGGGGUUGGCACGUGUCUCUCAGAGACAGUUGAAAACUCCUGCUGUGGACUACCUUUACGACAACGAGGGAGGAAAGGGUGUUACCGCCUACAUCAUUGAUACCGGAAUCAAGACUGAGCAUCCCGAUUUCGAGGGUAGAGCCGUCUGGGGUGAUGCCAUUGCUUUCCCUAAACUCAAGGUGGAUGCCCACGGCCACGGUAGUCAUGUUGCAGGUACUAUUGGCUCCAAGACUUACGGAAUUGCCAAGAAGGUCGACUUGGUGGCAAUAGGAGUGAUGAACCUCUUGGGUUCUGGAACCACUUCCGACAUCAUCAAAGGUGUGGAGUUUGCAGUCAAGGAGCACAGGGCCAAUAUUUCUUCCAAGACUAAGGGAUACAAGGGUGCGACUGUCAACAUGCUGAUUGGCGGAGGAAUCUCCGAAGCCUUAGACCUUGCUGUGAACGCAGGUACCAAUGCUGGCUUGCACAUCGCUGUGGCUGCAGGUAACGAAGAUAACGAUGCUUGUGAAGUAUCGCCAGCUAGAGCUAGCGGCCCAAUUACCGUGGGUGCCACAGAUAACGCAGACCAGAAGGCAUCGUUUUCCAACUGGGGUAAAUGUGUGGAUAUCCAGGCUCCCGGAGUGGAUAUCUUGUCGGUAGGAAUCUGGUCCGACACCAUGACCAUGUCUGGUACGUCUAUGGCUGCUCCCCAUAUCACUGGCUUGUUGUCAUACUACUUGUCAUUGCAGCCAGACCUUGGAUCCGAAUUUUCUGGUGAGAAUCUAGUCACUCCUGCUGAGUUGAAGAAGAGACUUAUCAAAUUCGGUACCCCCAAUGUGGUGAAGGGUCUUGAUGCUGCCUCUCCCAAUGUUCUUGCCUUCAAUGGUGCUGGAGGCGACAUCUCCAAGUUCUGGAUCUAA